AUGGCCUGGACCUCAAGAGAUGCGCUCCGCCCUUUUCUCUUUGUCGCCCGUCUGUUCGCAUGGAUAAGUGCUGUCAUCGUCAUGGGCGUCACUGCUUGGGCCGUGACCAAGGUUGAUGGCUACCGAGUGGUCUAUCCGCUGGUGAUCGCUGUGCUAACAACAGCGUUUUACAUCCCUGCGAUGGUAGUGUCAACUAUGAAACGUAACCGCGGAUAUAUGCUGCCCUUGGACAUUGUCUUUUCCUACUUGUGGCUUGCAGCAUUCAUCUUCCUUGCCCAGCACGUUGGGCAGCUGAACUGUCGAUGGUUCGCUUUCGGCGUAUCAAGCUCCUGCACCCGCAAGAGAACUGCCGAAGCCUUCUCCUUCCUGGCUUUCUUCUGGAUUCUCUGCGCCAUGUGCUUUGAGAUCUUCAAUUUCUACUUUAGUGGAAAGGAGGGACCAGUGCGCACCCAUGCCGAGAAACCUCCCCAUCCCGAGACUGGCCGUGCUCCUGCCGAUGCACCAGCAGAUGUUGCCCAACCGGCUGCCUAG